CACACCAUUCACUCACUCACACACCACUCACACACCAUUCACUCACACACCAUUCACUUACACAUGCACUCCAAUUUGAUACAUGUUAAAUAAUCGUCAAUUCAAUUAAAAAAAAAACAAAAAUUGUGAUUAUGAUUUUUGCCAUAAUCAAGCAGCCCUACCCUGGGGGAACGUGGGAAGCAGACAGAUCGACGUCUCUAUAUUUACAAGGGAUCAAGAACCAAACCUGGGUCUGAAUUUGUUCCCCUCUCCGCAUCGUCUUCUCUGCCCCAACCCAAGUCACCCCUUGCUGUCAUCUUUCGGUCCAGGGUUAUGCUUGCAUCCCUAAUCCUCUCCAAACUAUUACGGUAGCUGAUGGGAUCCCUGGGGCAGGUUGUGCUGCCGUUCGCUUUACCUCAGUGAUUUUAGGAUGGUACCCAAGGUCAGCGGGUGUGACUGUUAGGGAGAGUGGAAAACUGAGCAGGCUGUGUGAAGCUGGUCUGGGUGAAGCUGCCUAUUCCAGCACAUAAUGUGAUUAGACAGCACAGAGAUGCUGCUAUUGAUCUGAUCUCACACAUUGUCUGCAUUCCAGCAAUGAAAUGAAAAUCCACUGGAAAGUGUUAAUUAUCACUGUGUACAGUGACUGAUAUUUAAACUGCUGCACUCAGGUUUUCUUCCCCUCUGUGUGUUUGACAAGACAGUCCUUUAUGAAAUUUAACACAGUUGGCUAAUUUAACAGUUCCAUAAACACUGUUAUCUUAGAGGCUGUUGUUGGCCUGCAUCACUAAACCUGUGUAUGUGUGCUCAAUGUCAACAGGCCAAAGUCCUUGUCUAUAUUACUUAUUUUCACAAAAUGAUUUAAUUUAGCAUUUUAAACAGUGUGUUUUUGUAAAUAAGGGAAAAUGUAAGCGUUGGUAUUGUGGAAUUUGCAGUUCCAGUACUUACCACUAGAUGGCGAUAGGAAAUCAUGAAUCAGGAAAAAGGGACCCUAAAGCACUGUGUGUAAUGUGCUGAGUAUCAAGUAUCAUUGAGCAGUGCUGUCCUGUGUGGCGCAUGCAGCCGGGCCCCUGUCCUGUGUGUUUGGUGCUGGCAUCCCACAACCAUGUGUUCCACCAACCAUCCAAACUGGGUGACCUUUGAGGAUGAGGAGGCUGCACGCUCUCCUUCCCAGAAGCCCCUUCAGUCUCCGACUGCCAGCUUGGGGUCAGUUCCCAGGCCCAAUGGGCUCAGACUGAUUCUGCCUUCUCUGAGCGGCUCCUCCUGGGGUUCUUCCAGUCCACUGGACUCACCACAAAUGCACUUUAGCUACGACGGCGGCUCCUGCGUGCCCAGCAACACCCCCUUGUGCACGCCCGUAAGGGAGAUGCCCACCAGCUUUUCCUUCUUCCAAUGUGCCCCCCCCGGAGAUCAGAGUGCUGCCCAAAGCUUCUCCAAUGCGUCCACAGCCACUCUGCCCUCGCCAGUCCCAGAGCAGCACACGCCUCAGUCCACAGGGAACUCGUCCGAGGGGUGGAACCCAUUUCCGGCAUCCCGGGAUGACCGGGACCACUUCAGCCCAUUCUGGAGUGAGGGGAAUGCCGAGUCUGGGGGCUCCUCCUCAGACUCAGACUCGGGGUCCAGCCUGCCUCGCUUCUUUAUCAGGACCAAGGAUGGUUACGGGCCGCCGCCGGACCAGAUACAGAACUCCUACUCCUACAUCUGCCAAAAGCUCGAGCGGUUACGUGCCGAGGGUGAGGAUGGUAAGGAAGGAGGCAGAGAGGGAGAUGAGGGAGAACGUAUGGAAAGACUAAGAGCCGAGGAGGUAGAGGGAAAUCCCAGCUUUGUACCGCAGGGACUGUGCCGCAGCCAGCAGAGACAUGGCUGGCCCAUGAUGCUCCGCAUCCCUGAGCGGAAAAACCGCAUGUCCUCCCGGCAGUGGGGGCCCAUCUACCUCCGGCUGCUGCCAGGGGGGGUGUUGCAGAUGUACUAUGAGAAAGGUCUGGAGAAGCCCUUCAAGGAGCUCCAGCUGCAUUCCCACUGCCAGCUAUCCCUCCCCAAGCUGGAGGGCUACCACGAGCCACGUAAGAUCUACACGGUGAAGCUGGAACACGUGUGCUACACUGAGCGCCGGCGCUACCACCCCAGGCCGGAAGUGACGCAUGAGGCAGAGGCAGAGCAGCUGCUGAAGUUCGGCACCACCGAGCACAGGGACAUGGAGGACCUGGUGGCGUCUGUGGAGGAGGAGCUGAUGAAGUUGCCCGCGGUUGCCCAGACGCGUCGGCACUACGAGGAGCAGGAGAUGUCGCUGAGGAUCGUCGACCACCUCUGGGUGAGGCUGGACAAGGACGGGAAUCUGCUGGAGCGGACGGCCAUCAGCCACAUCUACUGCCUCGCCUUCCUGAAUGGGGCUGGAGAAUGUUUCAUGGCGCUAAAUGACCAACAACUGCUUCACAGGAACCCUGAGUACGGCUCGGAGGGUGAGGAGGAAGGCUCAUGGAUGGAGAUCACAGACUGCUACUUCCAUGCCUGUGUCAACAAAGCUGAGUUCCAGAAGUCCCGGCUGGUGAAGUUCUCACCACCGGAUGCCUGCAGCGUGGAGGUGAUGCGAUAUAAGACUGUGUCUAUUGGUUCUGGAGAGCCGCCCUUCUCUGUCAAGGCCGUGGUCACUGUGCAAGGCGCCUACGUGGAGCUCCAGGCCUUCCUCACCAUGACGCCCUCCUUCAUCUCCUCAUCCGGGAGCAACCUUGAUUUGUCGCUGCCUUGCGAGAAUGUUCUUCUCCGGGUCCCGGUGCCGGAAGAUUGGGUGAAGGUGUCGCGCACGGUUGCCCUACUGAGGCAGAAGUACCUGAAGGCCCGAAUGAACCGCAACGCUUGCCUGGGAUCCAUCAAUGCCACAGACACCCAGCCUGUCAUGCAGGUGUCCGUGGGCACCGUCAAGUACGAGAACGUGUACCGUGCCAUCGUGUGGAGGAUCGACAGGCUACCCGCAAAGAACACCGCAAUGGACCAGCCACACUCCUUCUCCUGCAAGCUCGAGCUGGGUUCGGAUCAGGAGAUCCCAAAUGACUGGUAUCCGUUCGUCACCGUGGAGUUCGAGCUGGCUGACACCGUGGUGUCCCACACAAGGGUGAAGUCGCUUGGCACGGAGAGUGACAUUCAGCCCCAGAAGCACAUAGGGACAAAGGCGUAUUACCACUGUCAGGUGGAGAUUGAAAAGAAGUGGAUAGAGACAGAAUCUCAGAGGCAAUCUGACUGCACAACACAGUGAUCUUCCUCAACGUCCCGAAAAAUAAAAGAACACUUUCCCCUCCUUAAGAAAUGCACCCUGGACACCUUGCUGAAUAUUCUUUUCACCAAACAAAGACGAAAAAAGAAGAAUUUGUCAGAAGAGAAUGUAUUUGGAAGAGCCCGUAUGAAUUUCUGAACUUGUGUACUUUCAGUAUAUUGUGUGCUAUUUAAUUCGUGUCACAUUUACAUUCCAAUAUAUCCAUUUUUGUUGUUUUUAUAACAGUUUAGCUAAACUACAGUGACAGAAUAUUUCUCUUGAGUUGUGUGAUCUAGUAAAACUGGGAAUCAAGAGCACAUGACAUUCAAAUAACCAUACUGCACUUUCUCCUGCUUGCUGGCGGCAAAAACAGAGGUGCUGCCCUUUUGUAGGGCAGAGAAAAUGUCCCCUUUUUAGCAAAAUGAUAGAUAUACUAACAUCAGCAUUUUGUUUCUUCCCAGGAAUACUGCACACAACCAGGCUUCCUCCAAAACUGCAAUAAAUUGCACUCAUAUUGUAUUGGUACUAGUUAAGCUUAAUGUCCAGAUUGCAAAUUUAGAGUAUGUAGUGUAGUGGCCAGAGCACUGGAUUCGGGCUAUGUGGAUUUAAGUCUUUGGUGAGAAUACUGCUGUUUCUUGAGUUCGUUUCAAAACUCAAGUGAAAAAAAGAUAUACAUAAAUGAUUUAGGAAUGUAUAAAGAGAGUAUCUAUGAGCGGCAUCAGUAGAUAGUGAAGCAGAAAGAAGGACUGGAAAUAUGUAACAAUUUAAAAGCAGUUGUGGGUGCAGUUCCCUCAAGUUAAAAAGUCAAUCGUACGUGCUUGAUGCCUUAGAUUCAGUCAUCUAACUGUUGUAGAUGAGUGAACCUAAUUUGACUUGUAAUAGUAACUGCGACGGGGCUCUCGUCCUGAUCUUUGUACACAACGCAUAGUUACAAAGCUCUUACAAGGGCACGACGAAGGCGCAUGUUCUUUAACAUCUGCUCUGCAUUCACCGAGUCACGGGUGCAUUAAUAACUUUGGCAUGCACGACAAAUAACCAGCUCCGCCGUUAAUGUGGGAUAGAGAGAGCCGUGGUACAACGCAGCGAAAGAGCACGACCUAAGCGGGGUUUUGUUUUGUUCUGUAGCCGCAAUACUGCAAUAAAACAAAAUACCGAUUUACUAUGAAACGUAUCAGAGUUACUGACAUACAAAGCCGAGAAGACACAACAUGUAGCUGCUUUAUAUGAAUGAAACGAUACAAUGAAUUAAUGGAUGACAAUAUUUCACACUAGAUCCAAAAAUAACACCAUCAUACGUCGCAAUGGCAUUUAAAUUAUUCCGAAACGUCAGGUUAAAGGAACAAUACAAUAAACUAAGCCUCGUCAUUUAGACAUAUACUCUGAUUAUCCUGAAAACAGACAAAGCUGCCGCUCGUCAUAUAAAUUAAGCCCAUUAAGUCACUUUGUGUCUUAGAGGCAUUUUACUCUGAGACGGGGCGAGAGUAGACAACAUGUAAAAUAACUGAUUUCGUGAGAGAUGUAAGGUUUAAAAGAAAUAGUGACGGGUCGUAGUAAUUACAAUGCUGUCAAACUCCAACACAGUUGUAAGUACCUACAUAAAGCGGCUAAAUCUGGUGACAUUUGUGACCCGCCUUACUAACAACCCGGUGAAGUAUGGUAGCCGAUAUUUAUCACCAACUGUUAGGUUACAAAACACAAAUGAGUAUUUCUUCGAUCAAAAACCUACACAGUUAUUAUUAUCAAUCUGUUCGGUUCCCGCUUGCCAAUUAGCAAGUUCUCUAGCUAACUCGUGUAUUCACCGUAAAGAGUUCCUAGGAAGCUUAGACACAGUCCGUAAAACAUUUUAAAAGCUGCCAGUUUAUUGAAUUAUUUUGGUUAUUAAUUAUGUUGAGCUUAUGGUCCGAUGAAUUUCGCUUUUUGCACGGUAAUAUCAAUGUACCAGUGAGUCACAAUUUAUCAGCUUACAUUUGUGAUACGCGCAUCGGUGCGUACAUCUUUAUGUAAUAAGAGCGCCUAAGUAACGCGCAUGGAAACGUGUUGGGACAGCGUGAUUGUAUAGUGUUAUGAACCACAAUAAAACACGGCGUUGUUCCCCCCCUCCCCG